AUGGCCGAACUAGAACUCCCCUCCUUUCAGCCGAGCACUGAUGAUGGCAAUGAUCACGACUACAGCAACUCUCACGACGCCCAAGACAUGCACAAUACAAACCAUCACACCUAUGGCUACCCCCGCGCCCGCGAUCAUACCGACCCCGCAUUCCAACAGCAACAUGUUCACGAUGCUGACACCGUCGUUGCUCGCAUUGUUCGAGCUGCCAAAGGCCUGCUCAGCUGCCCUGGUCCCUCCCCCAGUCAUUUAAGGACAAGUCCCACCUUUGUUCUGUGCCACCCUCGAGCCCUCGAUCUCGUCCACAACGCACUUCGCCUCAAUGGCGUCGAGUCCAUCCACAAGCUCCGAAUCGAAUACCACGGCGACCGUGGCCGAUUGCGCAUGAGCAUGACCGACAGCCCUCUCCAUUCGCGUCUAGCCAUCCUGUUUUCCGACCUCGUCCACGCCGCCUCCAGAACCAAACUCGGACAUCUCGACAACGUCUUGAGCCACGUCCCGACUCAGGGCGAGACCGGACGCUUGGGUCGCCUGAGUCCCGACUGGGGCUGGACUGCGCUGCCACACGAUCCGAUGCCACGCCUGGUCUUUGAGGUGGCAUAUUCUCAGGACCUGGAAAGCGUCGCCGACAAGUGCGAAGAGUACAUGACCGCCGGCGGCGGCAUUGUAUGCGCCGUCGUCGGCAUCAAGAUCUGCUAUUCCAAAAGCGAGCCAGCUGCCCUUGCCACCAUCCUCGAGCACCUCGAUGAUUGUUAUGUCGGCCUCUAG